GACUAACGCCGACCAUCGGCCAUCUGAGAUCUGGGGACCGCGGAUGUUGCUCUCCCAUUAUCCAGGCGUGGGUUGUGAAUUAGCGAUCAUUGACAGCAUGUUUCGUCAGAGUAUCCGGCGGUUUGGCACGACUGCCCUUCGCGCAGCGGAGGCGUCUUCUGCCUACAAUGUCCGAGUGUCCAAAGCACAGGGCUUCGUCAAUGGCCUCACGGAAGCAAUCGGCAACACCCCCCUUAUCCGCCUGAAGAAGCUCUCUGACGAAACCGGCUGCAACAUUCUCGGAAAGGCCGAAUUCCAAAACCCCGGAGGUAGCGUCAAGGACCGAGCUGCUCUGUUCGUCGUUGAGGAUGCGGAGCGGAAGGGCCUCCUGAAACCCGGCGGUACCGUCGUCGAAGGAACUGCAGGAAACACCGGAAUUGGUCUCGCCCACGUCUGCCGGUCCAAGGGUUACAAGCUCGUCAUCUACAUGCCCAACACCCAGUCGCAGGGCAAGAUUGACCUCUUGCGCCUGCUCGGUGCGGAGGUCUACCCCGUUCCCGCCGUCGCUUUCGACAACCCGCAGAACUACAACCACCAGGCGCGCCGACACGCCGAGUCGCUGGACAACGCCGUCUGGACCAACCAAUUCGACAACGUCGCCAACCGCCAGGCGCAUAUCGAGACGACCGGUCCGGAGAUCUGGGCGCAGACCAACGGACAGAUCGACGCCUUCACCUGCGCCACCGGCACCGGCGGCACCCUGGCCGGCAUCACACGCUACCUGAAGACCGUCAGCGACGGCAAAGUCAAGAGCUUCCUCGCCGACCCCCCGGGCAGUGUGCUGCACAGUUACAUCCAGAGCGGCGGCAACUUGAUUGAGCGCACGGGCAGCAGUAUCACGGAGGGCAUUGGCCAGGGCCGGGUGACGGACAACCUGCAGCCGGACAUUGGUCUGCUGGACGGAUCGCUGAACAUUCCCGACGAGAAGUCGAUCGAGAUGGUGUACCGCUGCCUGGAUGAGGAGGGACUGUACCUGGGAGCCAGCUCGGCGCUGAAUGUGGUGGCCGCGCAGGAAGUGGCGAAGAAGCUGGGCAAGGGACACACGGUGGUGACGGUUCUGUGCGAUGGUGCGUACCGGUACGCGGACCGGUUGUUCUCGAAGUCGUGGCUGGAGACCAAGGGUCUGCGUGGGGCGAUCCCGAAGCACCUGGAGCGGUACAUUGUGCUGCCUUAGCCGCGUAUGUAUUAUAUUUGAGGUUGUGAAUAGAUAACGAUGCAUGAAUACCAAACUCUAUAUUCCAC